CUGAUUGGUGACUGUUGAGUUUUAUUUUGCAGAUUUCCCCAGUAAGAAUGAUGGAGAGAUCAAUUCACAGUGCAAAAUACAUUUUUGUAGAAAAUUUGUAUAGAAGUGGGAAGAUGCCAGAGGUGGAUUAUGUUGUCCUGUCUGAAUGGUUUGACUGGAUCCAGAACAACACCGAUGUUUCAGUUGAUUUGAUUGUUUACCUGCAGACAUCUCCUAAAGUUUGUUAUGAGAGAUUAAAGAGAAGAUGCAGAGAAGAAGAGAAAAUCAUUCCUCUGGAAUAUUUAGAAGCUAUUCAUCAGCUCUAUGAAGAGUGGCUCAUUAAACAUACGUUAUUUAAAGUUUCCUGCCCAGUGCUUGUUAUUGGAGCUGACCACGACAUGCAGAAAAUGAUAGAAAAGUAUGAAGAAAACCGGGACCAAAUACUAAGCCCAUGUAAUAUGCAACAGCAUUUAUAGAAGUCUGUUAGGUUGUAUUUUUUUUUAAUAAUUCUGAAUAUUUGUAAUACUUUUGAAUUUAAUGGUUUCUGCUGUAGAACUACACCUUGUAGGAUGUUGUGAAUUUCUCACUCCAAAAUGUUCAGGAGCAAGUCAUAAACAGAAUAUGACCCAAUUCCAUUCCAAGUUUUUAGGUUCUCCAUUCACUUUACUACAUCAGUUCUGUUCUGUUAAAAUGUGUCUUUCUCUCAUUCCCAUUUCACUGCUGUUUCCUAUGAAAUAACAUUUUUCUUUUCCUCCAUGACAGUUCUGUUUCUGUAAUGUAAAGGAGUAGUUCCGUGCACGAGGUGGGAUGUCCUGUUGUGCACUGUGUUCAAUAGCUUUGUUAAACUGCUCUGGUUAUGUCAAAAUAGAGUGUGUAGGGGUUCUUUCUGUAAUCCUGCCCCCACUGAUGCAUUUCACUGAGCUCAGUUUCUACUGCUUUACAUGACAUCACAAUAUAGCUGUAGUUCUGAAGGUAACUAUGCAUAGUCCCACAGAAUUCAGUAGUGAACAAAUAGUUAAAUAGUCUUUGUAACUGAUUGCACAGUGGUUCUGAAGGUUUUUCUAGGCCAGGUUUUUAAAGGGGCUUAUUUCUCUAGAUUUCUCUAGUUUUGGUGAAACUCGUAGCUGAGUUGAGGACUAGUGGAAAGUACAGUGCAUUUGGUACUCUGCAUUUCCUUUCAAAUGGUGGUAUAAAUACUAAAAAUAAUUGAUUUCUUAACUGCUGUGGAUUCUUAAAAAUAUCUGGGUUGAUCUGUUUUAUUAUUUAUUAUAAAGAAAUAUGCGAAUGGUUCUUUGAGUAUACACCUUGAUCACUUUAAUGUGACUUGGGAAAUAGAGAAAUGUAAUGGGUGUUCAAUUUUUGUGGUUAUUUGCUUACGUGUUGAUGUGCUUUUUAUUUCUGCUUUACCCCCUUGAUUGUUGUCUUCCAUUGCUUACUGCCUAAACAUCUGUAACUUAUCAACCAUAAUUUUCAGUUACUUGGCUUUUUCAUGUGUUACUUAAAUGUGAACACUUCACUUCUUUUAUUUUGUGGCUUUAUGGUAGCUGUAUAUACCUGAAGAUAGCUGUAGCUGAAAUGACUGCAGCUUUUUUCCAAGUCAGGAGAUGGAGUUCAUUUCUUCUAGUGGGAUUUUUAUUUAUUUAUUUUUUAAACCAGCGCAGCUUAGGAAUGAUCAGUGCAUGGAGCAUUUCCAAGUGAGUACUACAUCAGUAUGCUGAAGCUUGUAAACCUGUUCUGUUCUAAAGCUUUAGAAUUUUAGCUUAAAAGUAAGGUUUUAUGUAUUAAAUAAUUAUCUUAUAGAAGCUUAUUUGUACAGGAAUAGUGGUCAUUCUGGAGACAUUCUGAUAAACUUUCAAAGUUCUUUUUGCCUCUUAGAGAAUAAAAAAGCUCUCUAGAAAUAGCUCUGUAAGUUUCAGCCAUCUGCAGAUUGUUGUUAAUUGCAAUCUGAUUAUGAGUUGUAGAAGCCAAUGGUAUGUAUUCUGCAUGCUAGCCUGGCAGUCUAGAGAAGAGGCACUUAAUUCUGUUGUACAGAAAAUGCAAGUAAUGAAGUAAUGUAGUACCUCACAAAAAUGAAUGUGGUGAAUCAGUUGUUCUUUGUGGUACUGUUUCCCCUUGCCUUGGGAGCUUGGAAUGGUGUGUAAACCAUUUAACAAGAAGUGAUUCUUUGCCAUUUUAAGUUCUUCCAGUUUUUUUCUGUUUUCCUGAGCCAUAGGUUUCUCUUCGUGUUUAACAGCCCAUGACAGAGCUUUCUUCUGGAAGUUUGUCACUUUCUGAGCAUUUAGACAUAACAUCCUGUCACAGUGAGUUCCACAUCUAAGCUGCAAGCUGGGUGAGAACUGAUUAUCUCUCUUCUGUAAUGCAUACCUAGUCUGGAUGGAUAUCUUCUCCAGACUUCAGUAUUUACUUCAUUCUGAUUGAGGUGUCCUAGAGUCAGUAACAUCUGGGAGCAGCACAUAAAGUGACUUGAAGAGACAGACUAGCAAAAAUUAAAAUGUUAAACAUUUGCAUUUUCUUCAUCUGGCCUUCUGUGCGCUCUCUUCUGGCACGGGGAGGAUGUUUAUAUCUUAUUUGAUUAAGCAUUUUGGAGGUGAAUCUCCAAAACUGUAGGUCCUAAGAAGCCUAAGCCUAAGAAGAUGAUAAUUAUGUUCACUGGUGUAAUUAGCAUGCAGAACUACUGCCAACACCAGGAACUAAUCCAACAUCUCUUUUUCAGUGCUCUUCCUCCUGCAGAGUCUGGGUAUUCUGCCAUCAGUUGCAAUUAAAAUGUUCAGACCUGAAGCUCUCUGUGCUCUUGCAAAUAAUGACUCUCGUAGCAAGUUACUGUCCUGUCUGAGGAACUGGAGUAUCUAGUCCUUCCUGUAGAGUAUGGAGGUUGAAGUAAUUACUGUGCAUUUCUAAAGCAGGUUAAAGUCAGGUGAGGAUUAUGGUUUUUUACUUUUUUUUUUUCCCCCAGCAUUUGGUAAAUUGCAGCAUUUGAGGGGGCUAACAGUUGCAAGUUUUUAAAAAGUUUAGUCUCAGAA